UUCCACUAUACAAACCCACUCAUUGUUCAUUAUUAUUACUUGUCUUGUUCCAUUUCUCUUUACAUACUGUCUUUUGCUUUUGAACGAGGAUUAUGGGUAGCCUUGAUGUGGAAAGAACAACAGUUGGAUGGGCUGCAACAGACCCUUCAGGAAUUCUAGCUCCAUACACUUACACUCUCAGAAACACGGGACCGGAUGAUGUUUACAUCAAAAUUCAUUACUGUGGAAUCUGUCAUACUGAUGUCCACCAAAUCAAAAAUGAUCUUGGCAUGUCCAAUUAUCCUAUGGUUCCAGGGCAUGAAAUGGUUGGUGAAGUACUUGAGGUGGGUUCAAAUGUUACGAGGUUCAGUGUUGGAGAAAUUGUGGGAGUUGGACUCCUCGUUGGUUGCUGCAAAAGCUGCAGAGCAUGUGAAUCUGAUAUUGAACAAUACUGUAACAAGAAGAUCUGGUCUUACAAUGAUGUUUAUACCGACGGAAAAGCCACUCAGGGUGGUUUUGCUGAAGCCACCGUCGUUGAGCAAAAAUUUGUUGUGAAAAUACCAGAGGGAUUGGCGGCAGAGCAAGUUGCACCAUUGUUAUGUGCGGGUGUGACAGUGUACAGUCCACUUUCACAUUUUGGGUUGAAACAGAGUGGGCUAAGAGGUGGAAUAUUGGGCCUUGGUGGAGUGGGCCACAUGGGGGUGAUAGUAGCAAAAGCAAUGGGUCACCAUGUAACUGUGAUAAGUUCUUCUGAUAAGAAGAAAAAAGAGGCACUUGAAGAUCUUGGAGCUGAUGAUUUUCUUGUUAGCUCAGACACCAUUCGCAUGCAAGAAGCUGCUGAUUCACUUGAUUAUAUCAUUGACACUGUACCUGUUGGUCACCCUCUUGAGCCUUAUCUCUCAUUGCUCAAACUUGAUGGCAAAUUGAUCUUGAUGGGUGUUAUUAACACCCCUCUUCAAUUCCUUACCCCCAUGGUCAUGAUUGGGAGGAAGACAAUCACUGGAAGCUUUGUUGGGAGCAUAAAGGAGACAGAGGAGAUGUUGGAGUUUUGGAAAGAGAAGGGUUUGAGUUCUAUGAUUGAAAUUGUGACUAUGGAUUACAUUAACAAAGCAUUUGAAAGAUUGGAGAAGAACGAUGUGAGGUAUAGGUUCGUUGUGGAUGUCAAAGGAAGCAAACUUGACGAGUGAAAGUGUUAUACAAAACAAAACACAAACAAUAUUUUAAAACGUGUGGACAAGUUAAUUAAUUAAGCAACUAUGUGGGUGUGUUUGUAUAAUUGAGGAUUGCUCUAUUUUCUAUGCUAUUGGUUUCACAUUAGUGAUGUCAAAUUUUCAGGGAUAUUAAAAAGAUUACCAAACAUUUCUUAUUUGGUUGUUCAAAAAUGUUGAUUUUGUUGGAGUAGGCAAUAAGAAAAUUAUUAGAAGGGAGAAAAAGGAUAUUUUGGGCGUGUAGUGGCUCACCAACUUUUUUAUGGUUUGCUUGAGUUU